AUGGCAGCCGACAAGAAAGCUGUCGAGGAAAUUGGCCAUGAUCCAGCAAGAGACAACCAGUCGCUUGGAGCCGGCGCCUCGGAGAAGUAUGAGGACGCCAUCAACCGCGAGUUUUAUGGCAGCUCUAUCUCGGACUCCUACCGCCUGAAGUCUGAGUUGAUCGGCCAGUGCAUGGAGGAAAUUGGCAUGGGCUCUUUCCAAUGGGUUCUCUUUGUGGUUACUGGCUUCGGUGGCAUGAUCGACAAUUUCUGGUCUCAAGGCAUCGGCACCAUCCAACCCCUCGUGCGGCUGGAGUUCGCGGAUGUGACACGUGUGACAUUCAGCUCCAUUGCCUACAAUGCAGGCCUCAUCUUUGGCGCAUCCUUCUGGGGCAUUUCAGCCGACUACAUAGGCCGCAAGCCUGCGUUCAAUGCCACCAUUCUCAUCGGUGGCAUCUUCGCUUUGGCCAUGGGUGGAAUCAACAACUUUAUUGGCUUCUGCGUCCUGUGGUCUUUCAUCGGCACCGCUGCCGGCGGUAAUGUGCCGGUCGAUAAUAUGCUCUUCCUCGAGUUUGUGCCGGGUUCCAGCCAGUAUCUCCUGACCGCCCUUUCCACAUGGUGGAUCGUUGGCCAGCUUGUUGUAUCAUUGAUCGGAUGGGUGUUUAUUGCCAACUUUGGUUGUCCGUCAAAUGCUACGCCGGAGACUUGCCAUAAAGAGGACAAUAUGGGCUGGAUGCCCGAGUCCCCUCGCUACCUGAUCUCAAGGCAUCGUGACGCUGAUGCAGUUCAGGCUGUUAAUUAUGUCGCACGUUACAACGGCAAGCCCGAGCCUCUCACUCUGGAGAUGCUCCAGCAGAUUGACCGUGAUCUCGGCAUUAUAGUCAACCCCGAGGAGGCGGCCCAACAUAAACCAUCCUGGGUGCAAGUUGCUAGGGAGAGCUUCGCCGACUUCCAGUCCUCCAACUUCAAAACCCUCUUCGCUACACGCAAGCUUGCGCAACACACAAGCGUCCUUUGGCUGAUCUGGCUGAUGAUUGGUAUUGCAUACCCUUUGUAUUUCAACUUUUUGCCGACAUAUCUCGCGCAGAAGUUUACGGACAACUCCUAUACAUCUCUAAGCCUCACGUACCGUAAUUAUUGCAUUCAGUCGGCCGUGGGCUGUGUUGGCCCGAUGCUGGCAGCCCUUCUGAUUCAAACUCGACUGGGUCGGCGCUACAUCAUGGCCAUUGCCGCUGUGGCGACGGGUAUCUUUUUGAUGGCAUAUACAACCGCGCGUUCGUCAGCAUCUAGCCUAGCUUUCUCAUGCGUCCUCGGAUUCGUGGGCAAUCUUGGUAAGCAAUCUUCUCUAGAUAUUACCAUCUCUAUCAUCAUAGGCCGCUGA